AUGGAGGUGUCUAUGAAUAAGUCAUCGUCCUGCGUAGACUGCUGCAAAGACUGUCCUCUAAUGGCAUGUUGCUCUGCCGCUGCGUGCUGCGACGCCAGCUGCGAAGCCAGUUGUGGACUAAUCCCCCCAGAUCCUGUCAGAUACGAAUACCAGGAACCCGAAGAGAACUUUGUCUCAAUAGAUGAUGUGAAAAUUAAAGGAUUUCUCUGGAGAAUCGGGCAGCAGCAGCAGGAAAAGGAGUUGGAAAUGAAAAGGAUCAAGGACCAAGAGAAAAGGGAGAAGGAGAGGAGGGAGGCAGAGGCGCGAAGAUACCAAGAGGUAAUCGAAUUGGAUGAAGACGAGGUUCCAUCCCCUAAGGGUUUGAUCAUCAGCGCAGCUAGGAGCUUAGCGCAUUGGAAUUCUUCAAUAAAAAGGAUAUCCCCGGAUAUUGAACUCAUUCCCAGACAAGAGCAUCGGAUUGUAGCGGAAAUCGAGCUAAGCGACAGUGAUCAGGAUCCAAUUAGCGAAUGCGAAGAAGAGGUGAAUCUUCCGUCAAAUGCAGUUCGUUGUGUCUUAAACGAGAAGAAACACAAAGAAACCCAAAAUCAAAUUCCCCAGGAUCAGGUGAUCAUCGUGCACUCCGAUCCAGAAGAGCAACAUGAGUCUGAACUUGUGAUCAGGAAGAAAUCUUCUAACUCAAGGAGAUCAGCGAAGAGGCGUCCAUAUGUAAAUAGAAGAGGACGCCAUCUGUACGAAUGUCCUGACUGCGGGAAGAAAGUGCAAUCUAAUUACAAUCUCAGACGUCACAUGAUGAUACAUACAGGAGAGCGACCUUUCCCAUGCGAUCUAUGCGAGCGUCGUUUUCGGGAGUUUAGUGAUCUGAAAAAGCAUCGUCGGAGACACUCACAUGAUCCUCGAUUCAUCUGCAUGAUCUGUCACAUGGGCGAACCUUUGGAGCAGGAUUCCACUAGGUGUGCGGACUGUGAGAGCAAGAAUCUCAUGGUAAAGCCUCAGCCAGAAGAAUUGGGCGGAAUAGCUGCUGAGGAGCAAGCAGAUGAGAUGGAAGAAGACGAGGAGGAUCUCGAGGAAGAGGAGGAACCAGAAGAAGAGGAGCAGCCACUAAGAGUAGCACCACCGCCAACUUUGAUGGUUACAUUAAUACCACCCAUUCAAUCUCUACCGGAAAAGGUUCCUCAAGCCACACAGCCAAGUCGACCGCCGCUUCCUCGUAGUUGCAGUAGUGCCAACUCCUCAUCUUCCCUGAGCAAUGAUGGAAAUAUAUCUGGAAAGCCUAUAAAUCGCAGUCGCAGAUCGUAUCCCUGCCCUUUAUGUCAUCGACCUUUCGGGACACGUCACAAUCUUAAACGCCACUAUAUGAUUCAUACUGGAGAAAAGCCCUUUAGCUGCUCCAAGUGCAGGAAACCCUUUAGAGAGUGUUCCACGCUCAAAAAACACAUGGUCACUCAUGUUAGAGAUCGCUGGUACAAGUGUCUGAGGUGUCCCUCCAAAUUUAGGGACUAUCUGGACUAUGCUGAUCACAAAACCAGCCAUCUGGAGCAACUGAGUAGCCAAAAAUCGUCCACUUACGAAAGUGAUGAUGAUGGCGAGAGUUCUGUAGAAGAUUGUCUGGAAUGCUGCGAGUGUCAGCAGAGAUUCACGGAGUUAGAUGCUUAUACUGCGCAUCUUAAACAGCACGACUUGGAAUUGUACGGAAUGAGUGUGGAUGAUGUGGCGGACGAGGAGCAGGAGGACGUGGAUGUGGCCUAA